AGCCGUAUUGUAACUGGCUGUGUGUUAGUGUUUUAGACUUCAGAUUGCCCCCUAAUGAAGUCAUUGUGUCUAACCUGGCCACCCUGUUGUAAAAGCAAGACCUAGCUAUACAACUGAUGGACACACUCAGUAUUCUCCGUUAUUUUUUUGGACUUAACUACAAAAUAGUGCACUAUGUAGUGAAUAGUUUGUGAUUUGCAGACGCAGACGCAGACGCUCCCCCCCGGAACCAUUUAAUGUAACAACGCGUAACCCAGCCGAGACUAUUUCGCGUUCGGACCGCGAAGUUUGUUUUGCUCCGGAUCUACAGUAAAAGGAAUCGUUUAAAGAGGGAUAAAUAUUUCGAAUGAAAUAUUGGAAAGCGGUUUAAUAUGAGAUGGAGGGUGAAGACGAGCUUUUGGACUUUCGAAAGCGGUGGAAACAGGAACUGGAGAAAAAGACUAAGGUAAAAAACGACAGUGCUGUGGCUUAUUUGGGACACUGCAGUAAAGCGGGUGGAACUGCUGAGCAGAGACGCGGCCAUGCUGGGACACCUGAGGAGAAAGCCAGAGAUGCUGAAGGCUCGAAACGUCGUGAGGAGGGCUGUGAAGAUCAGCCUCAGUACGUGUCCAUCGCAGAGGGUUUGCUGGAUGGAAGGAGCAGCCCCCUGCUGGCCAGGAUGGAGGAGGAGAGAGUGCGGAGGAAGCGGCGCUGUGUGCGGGGAGAUGAGCAGCAGCAGCUCCUCUCAGCUCCACACACUCACAGCACAGCUCAUCUUACACUCAUCGACCAGUUUAUUCAGGAUCUGAACGAGGUGAAUGAAAUCCCUUUCUUCGACGUUGAGCUGCCGUAUGAACUGGCUCUGAAGAUUUUCCAGUUCCUGAACAAAGCUGAUCUGGGACGAUGUGCUCAGGUGAGUAAGUCAUGGAGAGUGUUAGCGGAGGACGAGGUCCUGUGGUACAGGUUGUUCCUUGAGGAGGGGUAUCACCGAGGGGCGAGCGUCUCCGACUCCCCCUGCUGGAAAAGCACACUGAGAGAUUGCAUUAACACUGAGAAAAAUGUAAAGUACAACUGGAAGAAUCGAGUCGGCUCAAUCAGCCAUCUGCAGUAUGAACUAGGAAAAGUGUUGUGUGACGUCAGUUCCUGUGAAAGACUGGUCAUUGCUGGGUAUACCUCAGGUGACGUGCGACUGUGGGACACUCUCCACUGGGACUCGGGUGCUUUGAAUCUGCAGCCUGCCCACAGCACCAGAGCCGAGACCCCAUUGCCACACGUUAGUCUGGUACGAGUCACCGACACUGUGGCCUGCGCUGCCUAUGAGAAUGGGUGUGUGGAUGUUUGGAGCACUGAAUCUGGUGUAGAGCCAAUCCAUCACUAUCAGCACCUGCAGCGGGUGUGUGCCCUCGAUCUGUGCGCUGAUGCUCCAGUCGUGACCUCUGCGUCUGGGUCGGAGGUGCGAGUGGACACUCCAGAUGAUCGGGGCUACUGGAGGACCGUGUGUCUCACCCAGUUGGCUAAACCUGUGGACGGAGUGAUGGUGGUUCCAGGAAAGCGGGAGAGCCCACUGGUUUCAGCCUGGGCUGGUGAGAGUGUGUAUCUGCUGGAUCCAAGUGAGAGAGAGGAAGAAAGUGAUGAAGAGGAAGGAGCCAGAGUGCUUCACUCUGUAUAUGGCCACCCUGUUACCUGCCUGGAUGUGAGCGCAUGCCGAGCUGCCGUGGGGGUGAAGAGCUGCGGCUGGGGCAUGAACGAUGGCGGUAACAAGGUUCGGGUGUACAGCCUGGAGACUGGCCAGGCUGAGCUGGUGUUGGGGAACUCGGCUGGAGACUUCACCUGCAUCAGCCUGGGAGAUGCACCCCUACAUCUGCUGGUGUGCGGGAACAAAGACAGGCGGGUGCGAGUGUUUGACCUGCGUUCUGGCUCCUCGGUGGUAUCGCUGUAUGCCCAUCACAUGGGCGUGACCACGGUGCAGGCGGACGAUUGGAAGAUCGUGAGCGGAGGCGGAGAGGGAUUGGUCUGCGUGUGGGAAAUGAGGAUGGGGGCGAAACUCUGGGAGAUGCACAACAGGCACCCAGUCCGUCACAUACGGUUUAACAGCAGCACCCUGGUGACGGCCAACAUCCCUGAUGAAAAGAACCCACGUGGAGCAUGCAUCACUGACGAUGACCUCACUGCUCACCGCAGACACCGGGGGGUGAUCUGCUACUACGAUUUCUCCAUGGAUUCCUCCUCCCAGGAACACGUGCUGCCCAUCUGCAGGUCCGACUACACCGAGACGAGCGGCUACAACUACAACAUCGGCCUGGCUAUGCCUUACGACACGCUCGCUGAUCCUCAGGGCUCGGGGCUCUGACCCACAAUGCACCAGGGCGAGAUCAUUAAAAGAGCCUGGAAGAUUCUUUCCAGUUUUCCUCUAGUUAAAAUCUGACUUUAUACUAUGAAAAUACCUCUAUAGACUUUUUAACUAUUUUCUUGACUUAGUUUUAUGUUUAUAUUUUAAUUCAAUUUAUUUUUACAGACACAAGAUUCCCACGAUAUUGAUUUCCUUCUUUUUUUUUUUUUUGUAUUAUAUUUUGGUAUACGUUGUCCUUUCAAUGUUAAGUCUUUAUCUUUCACAGGAUUACAGUGAUGAUUUCAAUUUAAAAUUUAAAAUCUUUAAUGCUUUACAUGGUACAUAUUUAUUUAAUAACAGUGUUAAGUCACUUUGCAGAACCAGUUUUGAUCAAAAUGUUUGCUUAAAAAAAAAAAAAAAAAAAAAAAGAGAGAGAGAUAAA